GCCUUGUCCUAGCAAGGGAUACAAGAGCCGCAUUGUUAGCAUUGUAUAAUACGUACAAGUUAAUCGUCACUUGUAUCAGUGUCAACCGUCACAGAUGUGUGGUUGCGCUUAAACCUGAACUAAGGAUAAGAGUAUACGUUGAUAUUCUGUCAUCAGUUCCGAAGUUUUUAAGAUGCAUUAAACAGAACUCCAAAAAUCGCUGCUGCAUUCUUGUUUGUUUGAUUUAUUGACUCAACAAGCACAUCAUUAACAUACAGUAUUUGAGGAAAGUUCUGCCCACUAAGAUGGCCAAAAGAGAAAGACGACCCCCUGAAAAGGGUGCAGAGUUGCAACAAGAAGCAAAAUUCAAAGAACUUGGAAUAGCAUAGAGGAACCUUCGCAAGGAAUCAGAUGACUUGAGAAUGUUUAUGAAGGAAAACCCGCCUGUUAAAGAAACUCAAACACGGCAUACAAUAUGGCUGAAGUUGUACGAAAGUUUUCUACAGGCUAAUGAUGUGUACUGUGGUACACUCAGUGCAGAAGCCUUGGAAGAGCACAUUGAAAAAUGGUACAAAAAGAAGACAUUGUUUAUAGAAAAGAGAAAAUCAGAGGCCGAACAACGGUUUCUGACUAGAACAGAGGUCCAGACUAUGUCACGGGCAUCGAAGUCUUCUCGUGCUAGUCAAGGAUCCUCAGCAAGAAGAAUUGCGGAGGCCAAACGACUGUCAGAGCUGAAGAAGCAGAGUGAACUUCUCCGAGUUCAGCAGGAAAGUGAGAAUAAACUGAAACUGUUGGAAAUUGAACUUCAACAGGAAAGGGAAAGAAGUGCCAUAGCAAAUGAAAUGGCUAAAAGCAGAAGCCCGAGAACAGCUCCUGGAGGAAAUCGAGGAAGAAGAAAAUAAUUUAGAUGGAGAAGAGGUAGACACUCUAAGCGCCAAAAGCAGUCGAUAUUCCAGAGAGGAAGAAUCACCUGGCGAUGUUAAACAAACUACGUUCCCCACUGCAUCCCCAAAGCAACUUGGAGAGGUGCUGAUGGAACUGCGAAAGCCAAAGCUAGAAAAUAAGGAAAUU